AUGAAGCUCUUCUAUAUCAAAGCGGCGCCGCUCAACAUGAUGCUGCUCUCCUUUGUGGAUGAUGGGAUCAUUCUGGCCCAAUCCAAACAACUUGAUGAUAAUAAUGUGGGCCUGCAUAAGGCCUACAAGAUUAUCUACCUUCUCUUUGUUGCUUUCGCACUCGUUCUUGAACAUGACAAGACCGAGGUGUUCUACUUUUUGCGUCGACGAGAUGCCUACAAUCCCUCGCUGGACUUGGGGUAUGCCCCGCAUACUGGUGCCACACCUUUGAAGCCCAAGACCUAUUGGAGGUACUUGGGCUUCUACUUUGACUGCGGGCUCACGUUCCAGGAGCACGUUCGCUACUACGCCACCAAGGUGUUUACCACUGUGCAGGCCAUGCGCAUGCUCGGGAACUCUACUAGAGGUCUCUCACCUAAACAGCGCCGCCUCUUAUAUCGGUCCUGUGUGGUUCCUAUUGCCACAUACGGCUAUCGUCUCUGGUAUUUCAAUGGCACCCGCAAUAAGGGCACGAUGAACCAGCUGAAACGGAUGCAGCGAAAAGCUGCUCUAUGGAUCACGGGUGCUUUCCGCACCUCACCUACAGGUGGUCUUGAGGCCCUCACUGGCCUCAUCCCCAUCCACCUUAUGCUGAAGAAGUUGGCAACGCGUGCAGUGUACUGCGUCACCACCCUCUUCGCUCCAUGA